CAAAAGGUUCUGUCUACACCGUUUUGUGUCGUCUUCUGGCUAUCCCAGGGUGGGGCCGGGGAGCGGGCCCAGCCAGAUGCUUCAGUGGAGCGCGCUUCCUUUUUUCAGGGGCCGUCCGGAGCGAGUCUUCCUCCAGCCCCACCUGUGCCUCUACCCCAACUUCGUGCCCCUUCAGAGAGGCAUAGAGCCGGAGCCGACGCCCACGUUCUGCGGCGCGGAGCUCCUCUACAGAACGGACGAGGAGCCCGACGCGUUGGCGCACUUCGCCGUAGGCUACGAGGGCGUCCCGUGGACGCACCCGGACUCGAUCACUUUCAUGGUGAUGCAGUCCAUCAUCGGGAGCUACAAGAGGGGCGAGGGUUUGGUGCCGCCGAAGCUCUCCGGCAACCGGCUCACCAACAACCUUGCCAACAAUUUAGGCCCCGUCGCGGCCGAGUCGUUCGCCGCCUUCAACACCUGCUAUAAGGACACCGGCAUCUUCGGGUUCUACGGCCAGUGCGAGGAGGCGGCCGUGCCCGGCUGCGUUGACGAGCUCCUUUUCGGCGUCGCCAGCCUCGCCCGCAGCGUCACGGAGGAGGAGGUGGAGCGCGGGAAGCGGCAGCUGAAGACGACGCUUUUUGGCAGCCUCGACUCCACCACGGCCAUCGCGGAGGA